AUGUGGCACGGCGGCUGCUUCGAGGAGGCGACCUCCAAGUUCGAUCCUUUCCUCAAGCUGGCCAUCCACGGCGGGCAGGGCGAGAUGAACUACGCCAAGUACGGGCUGCUGAAGGAGUACUGGGCGGCGGGCUGCGACGAGGCGGCGGCCGCCCCGCUCCCGCCCGAGCUGCAGUACGCGAACGCCAAGAAGUGGAAGCCAAAGGCGUCGCACCUGUGGCCAAAGGUUGGCGCGGGCGUGCUCGCGCUGGUGCACCUCUCGCCCGAGUUCUUCGAACUCGACCCGUCCAAGACGCGCGUGCUGCGGCGCGACGGCGGUGAGGCCACGACCAACCUCACGCUGGGAAGCCUCGUCAGCGCGAUUCGCACGGGCCUCGCCCUGUGGUGCGCGACCACGCCCGCGCCGGAGCAUCCCGCGCCCCGUCCCAACCCGCGGCCGGCAGCGCCACGCAACGUGGGCUCCUCCUCUGCCGCUGCACCGGCCGGCUCGUCCGCUGGUGGCGCCUCGUCCUCGUCGUCCCUCACUCCGAGCCCCGGCGAGGAGAUCGUCGGCCGGCGCAUCAGCAUUUUCUGGGCGCAGGACCGCCGCUGGUACGAUGGCAUCGUCGACGACUACGAAGUGUCACUGCACCACAUCACGUACGACGACGGCGACGACGAGUGGCUGCGGCUCGUGCCGGAGGAGUACGAGCUGCUCGUGCGCGACCAGGACGGCAGCGGCGCGGAGCUUCCCGCGGCGCAGCGCGCAGACGGACGCGUGCGCCGGCGCACGACGCGCCCACGUGCGGUGGACUCGUACGUGGAUUACGACGCGCCGUCCAGCAAGCGCGUGGCGCGCAGCAAGCCAGCGCACGCCGACGCGCACGACGCGAUCCAAUUCCGCAAGGCGGCCAAGGCGGCCUACCGCGAGCAGAACGACGCCAUCUGUCGCAGCAAGCUCUCGGGCGACAUGUUGCUCGAGCUGCAGGCGUACCGCAAGGCGUUUGAGGCACUCGACCGCGUGCUCAAGUAG